AUGGUGUAUGGUUGGAUUGAUCUCAACAUUAGCAAAGCUAGUGAAGAGAUGCAAUUUCUAGAUAACAAGUUUUUUCUUUUUGCAGGUAACAUACCGGAGGAGGUGGUUAGGAAGAGGUAUAAGGCGGUGGAGGAGUUUUUGGACAAUUUUAAUAAGAAGGAAGGUUUUCUUAGACUUAAAUCAAGGCAACUUUGGCUUUCCGAAGGAGAUUGUAACACUCGAUUUUUCCAUAAUUCUUUAAGAGGUAGGAAGGGUAGAAACUUGUUGUGUUCGAUUGAGUCUAACGGGGGAAGGUUGGAGGAGGUUUGCGAGAUUAAAUAUCAUAUUUUCAAUCACUUCAAAGGCUUUUUCAAGGAGGCUGUGUCGUGCAGGUCGGAAGCGAAGAAGUUAUACAUGUUCUCUUUAUCUGCUGCCGAUAGUUUGGAGCUCGAGGGAUCGUUUUCUGAGAGGGAGGUGAAGGAUGCUAUUUGGGCUUGUGAUUUAAUGAGAUUUUGCUCUGAUUUCCACUCCAAAGGGAAGUUUGUGAAAUCCAUCACAUCUUCCUUUUUAGCUUUGAUUCCUAAAAACAAGGAUCCUCAAAAUUUGUCCGAGUAUCGUCCUAUUUGCUUCGUGGGGAGCUUAUACAAGAGCAUUGCAAAAUUGUUGGCCACUAGAAUUAAAAGUGUUAUUGGAAAGUUGGUUUCUCCUAAUCAGACAACAUUUGUUUCGGGUAGAAACAUGAUGAACGGCGUUUUGUUGGUGAAUGAUAUCCUUGAUUGGACUAAAAGAAAAAAAGAGUUGUCUCCUUCUUAA